AUGUCUUCUCUUCCUCCAGUUUACAUUGUCUCAACGGCCCGUACUCCAGUGGGCUCGUUCCUUGGCUCCCUGUCAAGCCUUGCUGCCCCUCAGCUUGGUGCUCAUGCCAUCAAAGCGGCGGUUGAGCGGGCCGAGGGUAUCAAUGCUUCCGAUGUUGAGGAGGUUUUCUUCGGAAAUGUCCUGUCUGCUAGAACAGAAGCUAACAUGGAUGCCACGUUCAGUGUUGGUCAGAACCCCGCUCGUCAAUGUGCCAUUCACGCCGGGCUCCAGGAGUCCACCGUCUGCACUACCGUCAACAAGGUCUGCGCCUCGGGCCUGAAGGCUAUUAUUCUCGGAGCCCAGACAAUCAUGACUGGUAACGCCGACAUUGUUGUCGCCGGUGGUGCUGAGUCCAUGUCCAACACUCCUCACUACUUGCCCACUCUGCGUGGCGGUGCCAAGUACGGCAACCAGACAAUGGUCGACGGAAUCAUGAAGGAUGGCCUCCAGGAUGCCUACGGCAAGCAAGAGCUCAUGGGCUUUGCCGCCGAGGAGUGUGCUCAGGACCACGGGUUCAACCGUGAGCAGCAGGAUGAGUAUGCCAUCCGCACCUACCAGAAGGCCCAGGCCGCUCAGAAGGCCGGUGCCUUCAACUACGAGAUUGCUCCCAUUGAGAUCCCUGGCUUCCGUGGCAAGCCCGGUGUGACUGUUUCUCAGGAUGACGAGCCCAAGAACCUCAACCCAGACAAGCUCCGCGCCAUGAAGCCCGCUUUCAUCCCCGGUACCGGUACCGUCACUGCUCCAAAUUCCUCUCCUCUCAACGAUGGCGCUGCCGCCGUUGUCCUGGUCUCCGAGGCCAAGGUCAAGGAGCUCGGUCUCAAGCCCAUUGCCAAGAUCCUGGGCUGGGGUGAGGCGGCGCACAAGCCCAGCAAGUUCACUACUGCGCCUGCUCUGGCGAUUCCCAAGGCUCUGAAGCACGCUGGCGUGACUCAGGACUCCAUCGAUGCCUUUGAGAUCAACGAGGCCUUCAGUGUUGUCGCUCUCGCCAACAUGAAGCUGCUGGGUCUGUCCGAGGAGAAAGUCAACAUCCACGGCGGUGCCGUCGCUAUCGGUCACCCACUCGGUGCCAGCGGCGCUCGUAUUGUCUCCACUCUGCUUGGUGUCCUGAAGGCCAACGGAGGCAAGCUCGGCUGCGUUGGCAUCUGCAAUGGCGGUGGCGGUGCCAGCGCCUUGGUGCUUGAGUCUCUCUUCUAA